CAACAAGUGGCUGUUACUGGUCGUGGCUAGUGUGACGUAAGGAGGAGAUAUUAAGGUUUUUGCUUGGAAGGGGUAAUGAGAUAAAGCGCAAGACAUGUGCUAAUAUAAAACUGAAAGAAAGUUGUGCUUUUCAAAAGUUGUUAUAAUUCCAAUUGAUAUAGUUAGUUUUUAAAUUUAAAAAAUGUCAGAGGAUAAAAAACCCUGCGGAUUUGAACACAAGGACGAAGAAGAUGAUUUGGCGUGCGCAUUGGAAAGUGUAGGAAUGAGUAAAAGAAAGGGAAGAGGACGUGUAACUUCUGGAUUAACUCACGAAUGCGGAGUUUUUGGUGCCAUAGGAUGUGGGGAGUGGCCUACGAAUCUAGAGAUUUCGCAAAUCAUUUGCUGGGGAUUGGUUGCAUUACAACACAGAGGCCAAGAGUCCGCCGGUAUAGUCACAAGCGAAGGGCGCUGCUCAAAAUACUUCAACGUCGUCAAAGGUAUGGGCAUGAUCAGUAACAUUUUCAACGACGAAGCCAUAAGAAAAUUGAAGGGAAGCGUAGGCAUCGGCCACACCAGAUAUUCGACCUCUGCAGCUUCAGAGGAAGUCAACUGCCAACCUUUUGUAGUCCAUACUGCGCACGGAGCACUUGCCGUAGCACACAAUGGAGAAUUAGUCAACUGUGAUAGUUUAAGAAGACAAGUAUUGGAACAUGGUGUUGGUUUAUCCACCCACUCAGACAGCGAACUGAUUACGCAAGCUCUAUGCUUGAACCCACCAGAGGGUGAGCCCAAUGGUGAACCAGACUGGCCAGCUAGGAUAAAGCAUUUGAUGGAUUUAGCACCUUUAAGUUAUUCUCUAGUAAUUAUGUUGAAAAAUAAGAUUUAUGCUAUCAGAGAUCCGUAUGGAAACAGGCCUCUGUGCUUGGGAAAGAUUUUACCUUUUAAUGAACCUCUUGAUGGAGAAUGUGAUGACAGCCGAGAGGCAGAGGGAUGGGUGGUAUCCUCAGAAUCUUGUGGAUUCUUGUCCAUUGGAGCACAAUACGUACGUGAAGUAUUCCCUGGAGAAAUAAUAGAAAUGACCAGACACGGUAUCCGCACCAUCGAUGUGGUUGCAAGGCCUGAAGACAAAACCCAAGCUUUCUGUAUUUUCGAAUAUGUAUAUUUUGCCAGAGCCGACAGUAUUUUUGAAGGUCAGAUGGUGUAUGCCGUCAGAAUGCAAUGCGGUAGACAAUUGGCUAUAGAACACCCCGUAGAAGCAGACAUUGUUAGUGCUGUUCCAGAAUCUGGUAAUGCAGCAGCUCAUGGUUUUUCACGACAGAGUGGUAUAAGGUUCGCAGAAGUUUUAUGCAAGAAUAGAUAUGUAGGAAGAUCUUUCAUCCAGCCAAGUAAUCGUCUCAGACAACUCAGUAUUGCAAAGAAAUUCGGUGCCUUGGCAGGAAACGUAAAAGGAAAGAAAGUUCUCUUAAUCGACGAUUCCAUCGUAAGAGGAAAUACAAUCGGUCCCAUCAUCAAACUAUUGAAAAACGCAGGAGCCAAAGAAGUCCAUAUUAGAGUUGCUAGUCCACCCUUAAAAUAUCCCUGCUACAUGGGAAUCAAUAUUCCUACCAGAGAAGAAUUGAUAGCAAACAAAUUAAGCGCAUCAGAACUAGCAAAGAAAGUCGGCGCUGACAGCUUAGAGUACUUGUCUUUGGAAGGUUUGAUCAAAGCUGUGAGAUCAGACAUAAAAACUAAAAACGCCCACUCUAAAGUAGGACACUGCACUGCAUGUUUAUCCGGAAUUUAUCCAGGAGGUGUCCCGAAUACGAACUCUGACUAUGACUGGUAGUGAAUAAAGUGAAAACAAAAGCUCUGUAGGUUUUAUGUUGAGUAAUUUAUGAUUAGGGAUGUAAAUAAUUAACAUGAAGAUACCGAAUUUGGAAAGAUCGAGUAAUGAUUUGACUUAAACAAUUUUUGAUUAUGCGCAAGCGCUUCUGCGUAAACAAUGUUGCCAAAUUUCUAUAUAGGUAUAUCAUAUAAAAUGUCAUAAAUUUAUUAAUGAUUGUUAUAGUUCAAUACCGGUUUUUAAUUAUUAGAUACUUUUUUGUAAAAAUAUACAAUUUUUGGUUUCGCACGUUCUAUAUUAUGUAGAAUCUCUUUAGAUAUAUAAUGGAUUAGAAAAUCGGCUUUAUUCGAUUUGAAUAUAUAAUUAAUAGACAUAUCUUCAUUGAACUAGCACAAACGUCCUUAAAAUUUAUAUGUAUAUAAUAAGUUAUUUUAAUUUUUACAAUUAGUUUAGAUAAGAUGUAAACAAUUUAUAUAAUGCACUUUGUCUGUUUCCUUGUAAAUCUUUUGAUAAAAGAACAUAAUUUAUUUCCUGUAUAUUUAUACGUUUUUGUAUAUUUAUUUUUUAAAUAAAUAUUUAUAUUUUUAA